AUGCAGAAAAUUGUUGAGAAAGAAAGAAAGAAAGAGGAGAAUCUGAAGGAGACAAAGGCAGAAAAUGCAGAAACUGUUUCAACGAUAUUCGCUUCAAAGAAGAUUAAGCAGAAGGCAUCAAGAACUCGUCACGAAAGGAUGGUGGGUGCAGGGUUUAGGGAAGAAGAAGAUGAAGAACAGAGCAAGGGAAGGGGAUGAGUUAGGCAGAUUAGAGUGUGGAGAGUGUGGAGAGAGCAUAAGAAAGAAGAAAUCGUCACCACUGUAGAAGGUGAAGAAGAGAUGAAGAUCAAAUUCGAGGAUGAGAGAUGGAUCAAUGGAACUUGGGAUCUGAAACAGUUGGAGAAAGAUGGGAAAACCGAUUGGGAUUCUGUUAUCGUGGCUGGUUAG